AUGGCAUCAGAGAGCCAGGUUGAAACUCCAACUCUCAACCUCACUGAUCUCAACAAUCCAAACAACCCAUACCGUCUAGAAACCUCUGAUAAUCCUGGCACCAUUCUGGUCACCGAACAUCUCACAACCGAGAACUUCUCCACUUGGUCCCGAUCCAUUCAGCGAGCACUGAGGGCCAAGAAUAAACUUGGAUUUCUGGAUGGCACUAUCCAAAAACCCCCCACUACCUCUGCAUUCCUUCUCUCUUUGUGGGAACGAUGCAAUGACAUGCUUGUGUCCUGGCUUCAAAAUGCUAUCAGCCUACCUCUUCGUCCAUCGGACCGGUUUUCUCCUCAAAAUGGCCCCCGCAUCUAUGAAUUGAAGAAAGCUCUUGCCAAUCUGUCACAAGAAUCUAAUACGCGAGACUGUGUGAUCCAAUUUCUGAUGGGUCUCCAUGACUCGUUUACAAAUGUUCGUGACCAGAUUAUGUUAAUUGAUCCUCUACCACCUGUCAACAAGGUAUUUUCCUACAUUCAACAACAAGAACGUCAUCAUCUCAUCACCUCCGCUGCUCCUCCAGUUGAGACCAUUGCAUUGGCUGCACGCCGACCAUCUCAACCUUUUCCCAAGCGUGACAAGCCAUACUGCACCCAUUGUAAAAUCACAGGCCAUACUUUGGCCCAAUGCUUCAAGUUUGGAAAUGCUACAGCCCCUGUUUUUACUCACUGUGAGAUGACUGGACACACGGUUGAGCGUUGCUACAAGCUUCACGGCUAUCCUCCUGGACACAAGUAUUACAAGUCACACCCCAAUGUUGUCUCCAUGGACAAUCAUUCUCUAGCAACAAUCACCGAUCCAAGCAAGAUGUUGACUAAAGAGCAAUAUCAAGAGAUUAUAGCCUUGCUGCACAAGACAAACUCGACUACUUCUCCAUCUGCAAACCAACUUCAACUUAUUCCUCCAACUCAAGCCCCCAUUUCAUCCGCUGCUGGUGUCUCUUUAUGUUUGUCUUCCUUUUCUUCUACUUCUCAAACUUGGAUCAUUGACACAGGGGCUACAGAUCAUAUGAUCUGCAGCCCCUCUCUCUUCACCACAAUAACAUCCACCACCUCUAAUUUUGUUAAACUUCCAAAUGGAGAAGUAGCCACUGUCACUCACAUUGGUACCGUGCAAGUGACAGCAACUCUUCUCCUUCAUGACGUGUUAUGUGUUCCAAAUUUUCAAUUCAAUUUGUUAUCUGCUGCUAAGCUUGCUAAGCAACUGAAUUGUUGUCUCUUGUUUUUCUCUAAUGUUUGCUUCAUACAGGGCCUUUCUCCCUAG